AUGGCUUUAUCAAAUUAUGAAUAUGAUCGUCAAUGGAAGAAUAUAUUACCAAUAGGCUUCCAUUUUGUGCCAACGGAUGAAGAAUUGGAUAUGUAUUUGAAACUUAAAGGUUCUAAUGGUUAUAUUCCACCUGGAAUUUUUACUGAUCUUGAUAUUUAUGAAUAUGAACCUCAUCAACUAUCUGGGUUUGCUGAAAAACAUUGGAAUGGACGUAUGUAUUUCUUUACUUUAUCAAAAAAGAAGUUUGGUAAUGGAAAUAAAAUUGCAAGAAAUUUACAUUCAGGAAAAGGUUAUUGGAAAUCUACACAAGCACGUAAAGAUAUAGCAAAAACCAAUAAUACAAUUGGAACAAAAACUCCUCUUGCCUACUUUAAAUCAAGUCCAAAUAAUUCAAAAGGCAAAAAAACUUCUUGGCUUAUGUCAGAGUAUAGAUUUCCUACCAAUUCUCCACUACUAAACAAUGAGUCAGAUUAUGAGUUAACACUUUGUGUGAUAUACGAUCAAAGUCGAAAGAAGAAUGACGACGACAACGAUAACGAUAAUGACAAUGAUAAUGAUAAUGACGAUGAUCAAAUUUUUAAUAAAUCAUCGUGGUCAGAUGAACAUUCUUCUUCGUUGCAACAAUAUCAACCACUCAUAAAUAUUACUGACAUUGCUUCCACUUCAACCAUGCAACCAAGUUUUUCUCAUCAACUACCCUAUGGUGUUUUGGACAAUUUUGAUAAUAAUUAUUCAAAUGGACAAAAUCAUGAUUUUCAUGGAUAUGAUCCAAAUAUAUAUCCAUAUCUCAAUUAUGACAACUUUACUUAUAUAGGAGAUGAGAAAAUAGGUGAUAUUUCAAAUAGUAAUCUUGUUGAUUCUAUUGAUCAAAAUACAUUGGAAAUAUGUGUGGCUCCAGUUUCUCAAGAUGAUCAAAGACCAUCAACUGAUAACCAAGAUUAUGAUCAUCAACAACUGAAGAUGAAGAAGAUCAAAAGAUAG